AGUGAGGUAGUGCGCCUUUCGUUCGGUGACAUCGCGAGUGAACAAUCAACAAACCCUCCACACGCAACCACGGGUAUUGAAACGACCAGAAAAACUUUUUACAGGAAAAUGUGACUGAAGUUCGUGCAUUAUCCCAAAUAAUAAGGAGUGGAAUCGCGUAAAGGGGGAAGAGAGGCAUGGUCUCAGCGACCAGAUGAACGGAUUUAGUAUUGGCGGAGUCGACAUAAGACUACGAAAAUUGCUUCCCACGGCAGUCCGGCGCGCGCGUACAUCGCCUACCACAAGCUGGGAGCCGAUAUGGAAGCCCAGACCGCCACGCCGCAGGGCGACUGCGAGUGCGGCGUGCAUCCAUCCGUCUUCUAUCUAUUGGCGACGCUGUUACUCACUAGUUGUUCAACAGCAAUGCUAUGCGCGGCGAUCAUGACAGAGCACUGGGAGCACGUGUCGUGGGAGCGGUCGGCGCUCACCGCGCUCGCCAACGCCUCCAACACCGCGAUACAGUGGCUGCUGGAUGAAAAGGUCGUUAAGGUCGAAGAUACAAGCAAAAAAAAGGGAGGAGGCGGAAGCACAUUUUUAGUGCCCAUGAAUGGUGGUAUAUGGAAGAUGUGCGUGUCUUUAGAAGAAGAAGAAGUAUCAAUAUUAUCAAGGGCUGGCUUCCCAACGGAGCCGCUGUGCACAAAUUAUUUAGCUGAUGAUGAGAACGAGGAACCGAGAGCCGAUUGGCAACAUCUUCCAGGUCUGUUCGCAAUGUUCACGCUCAUGAUAAUCCACUUCAAGCGUGUUCAGCGCGUGUCCGCCCGCGCCGUGGACGACAACGCGGACGGCGUGGCCGGCCCCCGCGGGCCCGCCCUACCGCUGCUGUCCGCCAGAGAGUUCACCACCUCAUGGUCUCUGGAGCUCGGGUGGGGAGGUGUUGUACUGGCCACCACUACGUCGCUAUUGUGGAUUUUGCUGUCGAAGAUCAUGCGAUACAAUCCGUUGUCCGCUAUGCUAAUGUGAAAUGUGUACACAAUGGCCGUAUAUCCAAACAAAUCGGUUCACUUCGAGCGGAUCCUGUGCGGCUGCGCUGUCCGAUUGAGAGAAAGUUCACAUCCAUGAAUGGUAUUAUCGAAAUAGAUUGAAAUUUUCGUUCGAUAUUGAUUUAAUUUUAAACCACAGCAGACCACCAGAGCGAACUGGAUUUAAUUAAAUUUCUGUAUAGAAAUACAAUAGGUAGCCUGUAACCAAGAGUAAGCCUGGUCUUUAGAACUUCCACAGAUAAAAUUAUACUAUACUACUUCUACGCUCUUGUGGAUACUGCUCUCGAAUGGCGCCAUAAUAGGUUGUAACGUCGUUACUGCUCUCGAAGGUUAUGCGAUACAAUCCGCUGUCCAUGUAACUGUGAUAGUGUUGUUUUUCCAAGCGCUGUAGAUCCUUUUCUCAACGAUCCGAAGAUACAUACAGGCUUACAUGUCUAUAUAAUGAAUUCAGCGUGAAUUCAGCGUCGUCAGCAGCGUGUGGCCGCGCAGGAUUUCACCAAUAACAUCAUGAAAUACAAUCCAUUAUUUAGUACAUUACUGUGGAAUAUGUUGUAGGAAGUUUAUUCUUUAUGUUAAAAGAGUUAAAAAUAUACCUCAAAAUAAAGUACCUACUACUAUACCGAACUUAAAAACCUAACAUUUCAAUGUAAGUGCUUUGGUUCCCGCUUGGAUUGUGAAAUGCAACCCUUCGUCCACAAUGAAGAUAAAUUAAGGAUAUAAUAUUAUUUAAAGCUUUACGUUAUUAUUAUUUUGAGACAUAAAAUAAAAAAUAGCAAACUUAAAAAGCUUUUAAAUAAUUGUUUGGGCUGUGGAUUACCACUGCUCCUAAAAAUCAUGAGAUAAAACAUCCUGCCCACUAUAUUACUAUAAAGGUAUUAUAGUAAAAUAGUGGAUUAUUAUCCACUUUAAAAUAAACUGUAUUAUAUCUAUAUAGUCCGAUUAUUUCAAUAAUGUAUUAAUCACAGAAAGGACAAACCGGGACAUAAAAAUUGUUUAUUUCCAGAUCCAUGAUGGCCUCGUAAUUAAGUCAAUUAUAGUAAUGGAAUACAUUCAAAAUAGAACCGUUUAUUAGGAUAUUCUCUAUGCUUUGAUGAAUUACUCUACAAUUGGCGUAUAAUGCCAUAUUUUGUGAGAGUAAUUAAUCAAGGCAUCGCGGUAGAAAAGUAAUACCAUAUAUCUUAUAAAUUAUAAUGUUAUCAGUGGUUACAAUAUGAUCUAGCGAAUAAGAAAACGUAGUAUAUUAUUGUUGAGAAUGCAAAGCAUUGUAAUUGUACUCUGACUUAAUUAUCGUUGAAACAGUUACCUAUAAAAGUGAUAAAUAAUCCAAUCCAUGAAAAUCCACUCAUUUCAACUCGCUUUAUAAACAUGAAAAAGUUUUUAAUAAAAACGGCAACUUUUCGUCUAAUACAAUUGUUAAAAAUUUUCAAUCGCCGAGCUUUGUUGCCGUCCAUUGCUAUUCUUAUUAUUUAUGGCUAUUGGUAUAUUUUUGAAGUGAAAAUCUUUUUCCUUUUUUGAUGAAUAUGUCCUUCAAAUGCUAUACCGUAACCGUUAGGCUUUUUCAAAAACAUGUUUUAUUUAAAUUUAUCUAUCCAAUAUUUGACGCUGUGAGUCGUUUAAGUCUAAGUUUUACGGAUGCUCACCACGUACCGCGAUGAAACUUUAUUGUCAUAGACCAAAGGGAAUCUUUAAUGCCUCGGGAAUAAAUGAUACGAUUGUUCUUAGUUUUUUUCUGUAUUACAAUGCAUAUUUGGUGGACCAUUUUAAAUGAAUGUUUCAUCACGAUACAUGCAGUAGAGCGCAGGCGGAUCUUGCAAGUUGGGGAGAUGAUUUCCACAUUAUAAAAUCCUAUUGGUUGUGCUUUAAUGGCAAGCGUGUGAUGUAAUUUUAAGGAACCUUAUAUGUACAAGUGUGCUUGAUGUGUGUAAAUCAGUGAUAUAAGAAACGAUUAAAAGUUAACAAAAUGUGAGUUGUUUCGGAAUUAUGAAUUUGAUUCGGAUUAUGAACGUAUCAUGGACGUAUGUUUACCAAGUUUAAUCACCUGUACUUUUAUUAUAUUUCCUAAUACUUAAAUUACAUGAUAUUUAUAUAUAUACCUACUAAGCAUUAUUUGUCCUUGCGAAUGUGCGUCAACAUUUAUUCAGCUUUUGUCCUUAAGAUUAAUAGUUAAAUAUACAACGAAUUUUUAAAUUGCCUGAAAAAUGUGCAAAUUCUUUAUAAAUUGACACUAUUUUAUUAAAAAUUUUAAUCGUUUUUCUUUGCAUUUAUUUAACUAAAAAAGGUAAAUACUUAAUAAAAUGCUUUUAAUUUUUUAAUCGUUAGUGUAUAAAGCUGAAUGUUGAAAAUGGUGCUGUAAACGAUAUACUUUAAUGUACAAUUAGCAAUUGAAACAAUAUUUUGCAUGAAGUAAAACUAUGCACAACAUUUUUGCGAAGCAGUGUGGGUGUGUGUGUGUUACCAGUUG